AUGUCGUACUAUGACAUUGACGCCAUAUUGACCGACGCGCAAAAACUGCCAUGUACCUUUGAGCUGGAGGUGCCCGGCCUCGGCUUUGUCGAGGGCAAUCCUGGUGAAAACGUCAAAGCAGGAACCCAGGUGGAUUUGCCAUUAUGGCUCGGCGAGAUGCUUUCCAUAGGGGCCCGGCUCGGUACUUCUCGUCUGGUGACGCUGGACUUGCCUUCGGCGCUUUCGGAGCGAGUCCUCAAUGCUCUCAGAGCCGAUCCACGGACUGUGGAUUUGCGGAACUUGGCGCCUCAUUUUUAUAGCCUUGGAGUGAGGAUUCUUGAGCUGUUUGAAGAAGAGGAGAUGGGCGACGUGCUGAGCGAUACGUUCACGAAAAGAGCUUCCGAGGUUGCUAACCAUGCUCACAAUCUUCGCGGCGCCCUGGGUGAUGGAGUCGAAUUUCUCCGGGGAUUGGACGAGACCGAGAGACAGUUAUUCCGAAUUGCCCACGAUAGUGCAAAGGAGAUUAGGAUAUGGGCGGGUGAGGCCAAAAAGCCAAAAUGA